UUAGAGUAGGCAAUAGCGAACAUGGAGGAAUUGAGCGCCGUAGGAGAACAGGUUUUCGAUGCUGAAUGCAUCCUCAACAAACGACUAAGAAAGGUUAGAUGUUGUGAAAUAUAAUUUUCUCAUAUCCAAAAUAUUUGCUGCUCACAGUUUGGUAACGUUUCCCCUCUCUAUUUCCGCAGGGAAAGUUGGAGUUUCUUGUAAAGUGGAGGGGAUGGUCAUCCAAGUAAGUACAAGUGGUGCUGCAGCUGCGAGGGCAGCCUCAAACAAUGAAAACAACAACAACGUGUCGGUUUUUGCUUCACUGUUGUAGUAAAAUGAUUCAUACAGUCCCUAACUUCGCUCAAAAACAUGCUGCCCGUGAAACCGAGAAAUUCAGGUUUUACGCUUGCCUCCUGCUAUUGUUGUUGGUUUUAACUUUUGGAAAUUAACCUUGUUAGUUAUGCAAAACAAACAGAUCGUUUAGGGUCUCUCAUAUUCAAUAUGCUGGUUUGUCUGUUUUACAUUAGGCUACACAAACUAGGCUAUAGAAACUCUCAAAUUUGAUCAGUCGCUUACUGGAUCUCUAGCUAAUGGUUUAUCAAUCUAGCUUUAUAUUAUAUGCUUUAUUGAUAAAUAAAUUACAAGUAGGAGUUGGUAGAAGUUUGAGAUGGGAAACGCAUGCCGAGUCUCUCACACAUCCCACAAAUAAAGUGUCAAUUUGCUACACUUUCCUACUCUUUGAGAUGGUUGUUUAAAUGUAUAUUAUCAUGUGGUAGUUUAUUUAAUGCCUAACGUGACUCGGUAGUAUACAUUGAAUUUCCGUGAAUCAGUCUUUCUCCCCUUUCGAGCGCUCCAGCUGCCUGCGCGUCCUUGCCACGGUUGCCCUUUCCCUUGUCCCUUCUGUUUCAUUGUUGCAAUUAAUCCCAUCAUCAAUGGGCAUUCUGCCUGUCACUCACACCCCGUUCUUAACCCAAAUCCUCACAUUGCUGUCGGAUUCUGCCAGCGCCGUCGACUUGGUCAAAUGUUAUUUACUUGUGAUAUAAACACGUAAAAUUGGCCGGUGGAAAUGAUAUUGUUUGCCAAUUCGCGAUCUCUUUCUACAUUAACUCAGUAUUGGCCCUCUUGAGAUUCACUGAAUCAUGUGAAGGCGGCAGAUCCUACACACUUGGCUUUGAAUAAACUUCUCUCCUUCUUAUCUUCCCCCUUUGCUAUGUGGUUAAGCCUCCCACUCACAGCUCUUUGCAUAUGCCUCCUAUCUCUACACUAGGUUACACUAGGCCUCCUUUCUCUAAUCACUAUGUUGGUUACACUGUCCUCCUAUCUCUACACAGUCACUAGGGUAUAGGUUAUACUAGGUUUUCUUUCACCAAGAAGUAAGUGCCACCUGCAAUGUAGAUAUUAAGUGAUUUUAGUGUGUUGAUGAACAUAUUUUCCUUUUGCGUCAGGCACAAUAGCUGGGAGCCCCAAGCGAACAUCCUUGACCCAAGAUUAUUGGCUGCAUUUAACAAGAGGUGAGUUUCUCUUUGUCCAGGACCUCACUGAGUGAGCUAUCCCCUAUAUCCAAACAAUGCCCACUGAAAUGCUCCAGCAGGCAUUAAUAGUGCACCAUUCAAGCCAAUGUGGAGCCCACAGAUAUGCAUACGAUCUGUGUUUUCAGGCUGUAAGCACAUCGAUAAGCCUAUUUAAAAUCAAAUCACAUUUUAUUGGUCACAUGCGCCGAAAACAACAGGUGCAGACAUUACAGUGAAAUGCUUACUUACAGCCCUUAACCAACAGUGCAUUUAUUUUUAACAAAAAAAGUAAAAAUAAAACAACAACAAAAAAAGUGUUGAGAAAAAAAGAGCAGAAGUAAAAUAAAAUAACAGUAGUGAGGCUAUAUAUACAGGGGGGUACCGGUGCAGAGUCAAUGUGCGGGGGCACCGGCUAGUUGAGGUAGUUGAAGUAAUAUGUACAUGUGGGUAGAGUUAAAGUGACUAUGCAUAAAUAAUUAACAGAGUAGCAGCAGCGUAAAAAGGAUGGGGUGGGGGGGCAGUGCAAAUAGUCCGGGUAGCCAUGAUUAGCUGUUCAGGAGUCUUAUGGCUUGGGGGUAGAAGCUGUUGAGAAGUCUUUUGGACCUAGACUUUGCACUCCGGUACCGCUUGCCGUGCGGUGGCAGAGAGAACAGUCUAUGACUAGGGUGGCUGGAGUCUUUGACAAUUUUGAGGGCCUUCCUCUGACACCGCCUGGUAUAGAGGUCCUGGAUGGCAGGAAGCUUGGCCCCAGUGAUGUACUGGGCCGUACGCACUACUCUCUGUAGUGCCUUGCGGUCGGAGGCCAAGCAGUUGCCAUACCAGGCGGUGAUGCAACCAGUCAGGAUGCUCUCGAUGGUGCAGCUGUAUAAUUUUUUGAGGAUCUGAGGACCCAUGCCAAAUCUUUUCAGUCUCCUGAGGGGGAAUAGGCUUUGUCGUGCCCUCUUCACGACUGUCUUGGUGUGUUUGGACCAUGAUAGUUCGUUGGUGAUGUGGACACCAAGGAACUUGAAGCUCUCAACCUGUUCCACUACAGCCCUGUCGAUGAGAAUGGGGGCGUGCUCAGUCCUCUUUUUUUUUUUUCCUGUAGUCCACAAUCAUCUCCUUUGUCUUGGUCACGUUGAGGGAGAGCUUGUUGUCCUGGCACCACACGGCCAGGUCUCUGACCUCCUCCCUAUUUAGGAUAUGAGUUUAGGUUUUCCCAACCCUUCAACUUUUAUUUAACAGGCAUUCUGUUCAAUAUACAUUUGAUAUAAAAAUACAUGAAACAUUUUGUAUUGGUAAGGGGUAAAAUAAUGCAUUUGUAAAAAGAAAGAAAGUCAUAAGUGCCAGUUAAUCUUAACUGAAGCAGGGAAAAUAUUUCAUUUCAGAUGUAUACUUUACUUUGCAAACAUCCAUUUGUAGAAGGACAACAAUGCUAUACAAGAAUAUACAGCAGGAAGUGAAGGGGUGGAACAAAAACAGGAACCACAUUUCCAAAAGUGAAAGCGUAUCUAAUGUUUUCAGAUGAGCAUCUGGGGAAUUUUAUUGCCAACCUCUGAUUUGUUUUUGCCAAGCAUUGGGCGUUUCAAGACCAGACAAUACUUCACGAGAUGUUACUGACUUGCCAUGAGCACACAGUCCUCAGAUGUCUCUGUCAAGAAGACGGCUACAAGUCUAAGGUUCACAGUGUAUAUGUUUGGUGAUAGAAUACCCUCUCCUCGGAUGGUUGCAAAACCCUCAACAGUGCUCGCUCUCUAUCCUUGACUCCUGCUCUCUACUUCUACCAUAACUACUGCUGAAGACUGUUUCCUAUUUUUUGUUUUUACAGUGAACAAGAAAAGGACAUUCUGAUCUGCAAGAGAGGGAAAAGGCCAAGGGGGAGACCUCGAAAAGUUGUGGUAUGCUUUCCUCAAGACCUUUACAAAUAUUGAUAAUAUUUUCUACCAAAUAUAUCAUAAAUGUAAUGUAAUAUCACUGCUCUCGUCCUCAUUUCAGGAAACUGUGCCUGAAGUGUCAAAGUCAAGCAGCUCUUCUUCAUCGUCGUCAUCUUCGUCUGGCUCAUCAUCGUCAUCUUCGUCUUCCUCCUCUUCCUCCUCAUCAGAUGAUGACGACGAUGAUGACAACAACGAUAGAAAGGCAAAGUCAGGUCCCAGAACACGAGAGCUCCACCCCUGUCCCUCAGAAGAAAGCACAGAUUAUUGUGGCCAAGCCAGAGCCCCCGAGGAAGAAGCGAGGCAGGAAAGCACUGCCUGCAGAGAUGAAGGCCAUCCAACAGAACAAGGGCCAGCGCAAGAUCAUAAAGACAGUUGCCAAAGACUCCCCUGCAGACCUACGAGGUGGAAUCAAGAAACCCUUUCACCCACCCAGCUUCACCUUCAUGGGGUUGAACAGCAGAGGCCCUCUGAGUGUCCAGGGCAGAUGUUCCCUGGCCCAGGGUGGGACUACUAAAAACUCCAUGAACACUGCGGGCUCUGGCCGGUCAAAUACCUCAGCUUCUCCCUCUAUCAACCAGAGAUCCAACCAGAGCAAGAGUCAAGCUUCUGGCUUCAAACUGUCGGUCUCUGAUGUGGGCAGUGGAGCAGGUUUGGACUUAAAAACAACUGCAAGCAAAUCUCCUGGAGUAGCAGCGUUGAAUUUGCAUAACUCCAAACUCUUAACCAGCAAUGGCAACCCACAAGGAGCUUCUCCGCCACCACUGGGUUCUCCCCAACAGGCAGAAGAAACCAGAUGCCCCUGGGCAAACACCACUGCAGCAGGUACCUAAUAACAAAGCUGCUGCCCCUUUCUCCACUCCUAAAGGCCCUGCCAACCAAGCUGCAAGCCUUCAGGCACUAAACCUUCAGAGUGUGAACAAAUCAACACAAGGCAAAGGUACUCCUAGCAGUGGCAUCGCGCCAGUGUCCAACCUGCAAAGCACCGCCAACCCAGCACGGAAAGCCACAGUUGGUCAGUGUGGUCAAGAGCAAAAUCUUGUGCAGAGUCCUGCCAUGCCUGGUGGACAACAGCCCAGAAAGAGUCAGCCUGGAGUUGAUAAGAUCAAAGCUGAGGAGACCAGUGAAGUGGGUGCCAAGGCAGAGAGGCCUGAGAGGCUGACUACAACAAGGGCCCAAAGGAGGGUUGAGAAGAGCAGUGUCCAGAACCCCUCCGCAGAGGCCAGAGACAUCCAGGGCAAGCGGAAGAGAUCUGCCUCCAAAGACAGUGGCAAGCAGGCCAAGGUCCUCCUGAGUGAGAUGAGCACUGGCGAGGAGAGCACCUCAGACUCUGACCAGGAUUCCCCCUACCCAAGUAACGGUCAGGACUUGGCCAUCUCAGUCCAGACCGGCCAGGACUGGAAGCCCACUCACAGCCUGAUCGAGCAUGUGUUUGUCACUGACGUCACUGCCAACCUGGUCACUGUCACAGUCAAGGAGUCCCCAACCAGUGUGGGCUUCUUCAACAUACAUAAUUAUUGA